AUGCAAGAAGACGAUAAGUUGUACUACUUUCCUGUACCAGAAAUAACACUAAAAGAUCUGCUUGACUGGCAGGACCCAGAUGAGCGCAGCCAGUGCCACCUGGUCCGUCUCAAUGCCAAGAAUGAUUUAAAGUCCACAACACAUGGAAACAUCAAAAUGUAUCAGAAGUGUUUUGGCAAUACUGUGAUAAUAAAUGAUAAAGAGAUUGCACUUUUCCGUAUUGGAAAAGAAGUUUUUGCCAUACAGGCCAAAUGUCCGCAUCUUGGUGGUCCCUUACACCUGGCAGACAUUGAGGAACUAUCUACUGGCAAGAUGGCUGUCAAGUGCCCUUGGCAUAAAUGGACUUUUGAUAUCGCUUCCGGGAUAUGUGUCACUCCGAAAGAUCGAAAUCUUAUAGCAAAAACAUUUCCUGUCAGGGUAGAUAAUCUUGGCCAGAUACGUGUGGGAUUCGAUUCAUUUGGUCCGUCAGCAUUCGCAGAAAUGGAUUUUUAA